UUUCGCAAUCGGGGUCGCAGUUCUUUCUUGCUGACCGUUUAUCGCGCCGUAGCAUAUUCCUGUGCUCGUUCGCGAAUACCCUACAAUACCAGAUCAUGUCGAACCUGACGCCGUUCGUCGUCAGCGAAUUUAGCGCUCAUUCUUUAAUACCGACGAUCGGGAUAGUGGCAUCUAUAAUGAGUGGUAUCUUCAAGUUGCCGAUAGCCAAGAUGAUCGAUUCCUGGGGCCGUCCGCAGGGUCUCGCAGUUAUGAUCGCGCUUGCGACGUUCGGCCUCGUGCUAAUGGCCGCUUGCCAGGAUGUCCAGACUUACGCCGCGGCCGAGGUCAUCUACCAAACUGGAAUCAGCGGCUUCACCUACGUCCUCGAUAUUAUUAUCGCCGAUACUUCGUCUUUGAGGGAUCGGACUCUCGCGUUUGCAUUUAAUUCUUCUCCGACUCUGAUCACGACUUUUGUUGGUCCCAUCAUCGCCAAGGCGUUCCUGGACGGGAGUACUUGGAGAUGGGCAUUCGGUUUCUCCGCGACACUUUUUGUCGUGCUUUCGUUGCCGAUACUUUCCAUCCUCGCCGUUAAUGCUCGUAAAGCGAGAAAACUCGGUCUUCUUGCCGAUUCUCCAAGUAGACCAUGGACUCUUUCGAGAUUGCGACAAGCGUUGAUUGAUUUUGACGCUGUGGGGAUGUUUCUCGCCGCCGCCGGUUUGACUUUGAUUCUGGUGCCAUUUUCGCUGCACGGUGCUGAAGCCUCGUUUAACAGCUCGGUUGCUAUCACUCCUAUAUUCGGCGUCCUCUUCUUGAUCACAUUCGGUGUCCACGAACGCAAGACAAAGCGACCGUUUAUAAGAUUUUCGCUCCUUUGCUCGAGGAAUGUAGCAGGGUCUGCUUUGCUGUCCAUCACAAUCUUCAUCGCUUAUUUCGCAUGGGAUGGGUACUAUACGUCGUACCUACAAGUUGUGCAUAACUUGAACGUCGCCCAAGCUGGAUAUGUUGGCCACAUCUACGGCCUCGGUUCGUGCAUCUGGUCCGUGGCUGUUGGAUACCUGAUUAGACGAUCGGACAGAUUCAAGUGGCUCGCCUUAUCUGCUCUUCCGGUACAUUUAGUUGGCGGCGCGUUGAUGAUUGUCUUCCGAACACCCGAGACCCAUAUUGCAUGGGUUAUCAUGUGUCAGAUUAUGAUCACUGUUGGCGGCAGCACUCUCGUUAUGUGUGAACAGAUAGCCGUGCAGGCCGUCGCGAGCCACGCAGAGCUGGCCUCUGUCAUGGCUAUCCUAGGGCUCGCUUACUAUAUCGGCUCAGCUAUAGGUAACUCGCUUAGCGGUGCGAUUUGGAACACGACACUCCCACGAAUCCUCGCCGAGCAGUUGCCCCAAUUAUCGCCUGAAGAACUGGUCCAUCUCGGGCAAGAUUUAAAGGAGCAACUAAGCCAUCCCUUGGGUUCGGCGACCCGGAAUGCUAUUAUCUUCGCGUACGGCGAAGCGCAAAGACGGAUGUGCAUUACGGGGACGAUUAUAUCCCUUUUUGAGAUAUUUGCAGUGAGUAUAUGGAGGGACGUCAGAGUAAGCCAGUCCAAGCAGGUUAAAGGGACUGUGCUGUGAUGAUUUAUGACGUAUCGUAUAGAAUUGCGUUUCUUGGCGUACAUUACAUUAGAGAUACACAUCUAUGCUUAUGCUUACGACGGCGUAACGUAACGCUGGCAUUUGUUUUGAUAGGAUACACGAUUUUUGAAGUAUCGUGAAGUUUUUUUUCGGAAUGCUCAAAUUUCUACAAAACCGCAACAGAGCUAAUCACAUAGAAUUAUGCAUCAUGUAUAAUAUCAAUCUGAACACGAUUCGAGUUAGAAACAUAAAAUUUAGUCACUGCACUAGCUUGGACUAACUAUGCUAAUUAAGUAAUUAUAUCGGUGGGUACAUCGGGAAGGAAAUACACUGCAGAGUAUCUGGAAG